UUUCGUUCGUUCGUUGAUGGUGUCCAUGGUGUCGGUCAUGCUUAUUCGUGAAUUUUUGCGUGUGUUAGCAGAAAAAUCGAACUACAUGAGGAACAGUGUAAGAAAAAGUGACUUUACACUCUACUAGAAAUGAUUUACAAUAAAAUUGAGCUGUGGUGUCGCAUGUUUUCCAUUUAGCCGAAAGAACAAGUGAAAAAGUAAUCGAAUGCGGCUACUCGCGGAAGUCGGUUUUUCGACAGUUUUUCUGAUCAAUGGCUAGUUAUUUGCUAUCACCGAAUGAAAUAUCUGUGGUUCAAUUCGAAUAAAAUAUUUAUUCUGAUGGGAGCCAUAUUUUUUUGACAGGAAUUAUCUUUUUCUUGUGAGCUAAAAACUAAAAAUGCGUGCAUGCCAGAGUGUGAAGAAAGCUUGCUCUAUCUCUUUCGUACCCAUUGAGUAACCAAAGUUCACCGAGCUGAAGAACCGCAUCCGUCGUUAGGUGUAGUGUUGUGGAGCAAAAGGAAGAAUUUCUGACUAAAGAAGAAAUCUAAUAUACAUAGCGUUUGUUGCUUUUUGUUCUACUGCUCGUGGGUUAAAGAAAAUCGAGAAGAGCGCCGUCCGUGGUGAUUUGAUGUGCGUGUGUAUGUGCGUUUAUCGUGCACAAGACGACGAGCACUCAUGUGUGCGGUGUGUUGGUGAAUUACAUUCGGCUGUUGCUGCAAGGAUCGAAUAAAAAGGUCGUGUAAAAAGUACCGUCAGUGUGCGGUGUUGUGUACUUUUGUUGACGGAGAUUUUGAAACACUCCUGUGCGUGCCUAUUGGUGUGGUGCCGAAAAUCAUUCAAAGAAGCUAAUAAACUUAAAAACGAUAGAUUUCCACGCUACAUUCAACAAUAAUUGGCACCCCGCAGGUUGUGAAGAACCAGUAGUUAUUUCAGCAAAAAGGCCAAUACAACGUAUCCUGCGAAAUGGAAUAAAAUGGCAUUCACGAGUACGAAGAAGCUAUGCAGCAACACUCGACUGCCUGACGUUUUUCCUUCGAGUAGUGCAAAAUGAAGAAUAGAAAAAUAUCGCCUCUUAACGUUAGUGUGUGUGAAUGUGAAAGUGUCUAAAUAAAAAGUCGAUUAAAAAAGAAACUAUAAAGAGGCUCCGUUCUAAUCAACUACCAAAUGUUUUUCAGUGUGUUUUCUACAUUAAAUGAAGAAGCAAAUUUGUGCAAGUGAAUAGUUCAUUCUAAAUAUCUAAGGGGCAACAUCUGUUUUGUCACUUGGCAAAUGGAAAAGAAGGCUGAAUUCUACGUUGCACCUUCAUCGUCAUCGUCAGCUUCAUCGACCAGCACUGGUGGGGACAUGCCACCCUCCGAUAAUACCCUCCGCCAUUCGAUGCCACCCUCCGAUAGUACCGGUAGUUCCAGUGGCGACAGCCGCCAGUUGGCAUGUGCUCGCAUCCACCAUGAACUUGCAGAAACAGGGGAGUCGGAAAGUUUGAAUCUCCUGCUGGACGAUUUGCUUUCCUCGGAUCGGCUUAUUUGCGAUGGAGAUAGCAUCGCUUGGUGCAAAUGGUUGAUAGCUGGCGGCCGAAGGCCGGAAGAAUUUGCUUCGAUAGUGCGCGGCUACGACAACCAUGCUAAGUGCGGUCUGGUGUGGAUUCCGCACGUGGUUGCCUACCGGUGCCGGACCUGUGGAAUCUCGCCCUGUAUGUCCAUCUGCCGGGAUUGCUUCAAACGAGGCAACCAUACCGAUCACGAUUUCAACAUGUUCCUUUCGUUAGCCGGUGGAGCCUGUGACUGUGGGGACACUUCGGUAAUGAAGGCCGACGGUUUCUGCAGCGAUCACGGGAUUAACCACCGACAGCACAAGGCACCGGUGCCGGACGAUCUGAUGGUGGUAGCAGAAGCAAUGAUGCCUCGCCUGCUAUUGCGGUUAUUGUUACACUUCCGCAAUCAUAGCGCUAAAAUACAUAACUCUGCUGUAUAUAGCCGGACGGCAAAGUACUGCGACGACUACUGCAGUAUGCUGAUGGAGUUCAACAACAUGGGUGAACUGAUGCGGAGGGUAAUGACCAAAGCGCUGAUUGACGAGGAUACCUAUCGAAAGCUGGUAGAUCCACCUUUCGCUUUCAACCAGUACGGGGAUCUCUUGAAACAGAGCAAGGCUAAAUAUGAAGAUGCAGUACAAUCGUUCCCUUCGCCGGAGCCCCCCGACGAAUAUCGCCACUUGCCGGCGCUUGGGGAAACCAUUGUCCAUAAAACUCUGCUGCAGGAGUUUAUAUUCUGGACAUUCAAGUACGAGUUUCCACAAAACAUUGUUUGCUUCCUACUAAACAUGCUUCCCGACCAAGAUUAUAAGGAACAUCUAACGCGAACAUUCGUUAUGCAUUACUGUCGAAUACCGAGCGUAUUGGAAAUGUCCAACGAUCCAGACACACUUAGCAAUCGGGUGGUCCAUAUGAGUGUUCAGCUUUUCUCCAAUGAAAGCCUUGCCCUGAAGAUGGUUGAAGAGCUCAGUCUUCUGCAUGUAAUGAUCAUCAGUAUGCGACAGAUGAUGUCGAAAAUUCUAACACCGAAUACACUGCACGAUCCGGACAAAAAUUUUCACUUUGUGGUCGAUUGUGCCAAACGCGUUAUGAAGGACCACUGCUACUGGCCACUGGCAUCCGAUUUUAAUAACGUUCUGUCCCACGAAUCAGUCGCUCUGGUAUUUCUCAAAGACGAUAAUUUGAUUGAUAUGUGGUUUCAGUUUCUGUCGAUGCUGCAAGGUAUGAACGUGAACAUCCGUGAAACGGGCAGCCACGUAGAAAUCGAGCCAAACCUUUACACGGCCGCCUUCAGCUGCGAACUGGAAGCCAGCGCAUAUCCUAUGUGGUCCAUCAUCUCGCACCUGAAGGACCCGUCGCACGCUCCACUUGCGAAAAAGUUUAUGCUCUUCUGCGUGAACUACCUGCAGGAUUGGUUGGAUGCGGUCAAUUUCUAUCUACAUCCGAAGUUCGACAAGGACGAGCUGUACCGAGCAUCGUUUCAUUUUCCACUCCAUCGCUAUCUCGCCGCAUUCAUAUGUCAAGGUGUGAAACGAAUGGGAAUGUCACUGAGUGAUAUUCUUCCGUCCGCGGAGCUGCUGCCAAUGCUGAUGAUGCAUCCCCUGCGAGUACAGAGUCUGUUCUACGAGAUCCUAUCGGGCAUCUGGGUACGCAACGGGCUUCAGAUGAAGGGUCAAGCAAUGACCUACUUGCAGGCCAACUUUUGCAAUUCGAUGGUCGACAUGGAUCUGUUUUUUCUGCAAAUCUGCGCCACCCAGCUGCCGGCGAACCACUUCCUGACGGAUUGCAUCUCGAUCUUUGGGGUGUCCGAGUGGAUCGGCAUGGGAAUGCUCAGUGCGCCCCAGGAGAUGGGCCAGGACUCUAUGCUUGAAGGUUUGCUGACUUUUCUGGCCACGCUGAUCACGUCGCGAGUCAACCUAGGCAACGACGAGAAAACGCAGUGCAUCAUCGAGAUCAGUGCGCUGUUGGCAACCGGCGAUAAGACGCACAGUCAGCUGCUGGAGCUGAUGCCGGAGCGGAGCUUGAAUGCUCACACGCGGAAUUUUGAAAAAUUUUUGAAGGAGCUUUCGGUAUAUAGGCCACCUCCGGUGGGAUCGGAAAACUUGGAACAGGGUUUGUUCAUGCCGGUGAAGGAAGUCUGGGAACGGUACUAUGAUCCGCUGCAUGUUUUGCUUAGGGCGGUGCAUCGACGAGAUUUUCAGAAUUCAAUGGAUCGUUUUGGAGGUUAUGUAAAAGGCGUGGGAAAGAUGCCAAAAAGUAGGAGUUUAUGGCCGCCUUUUCGACUGCCUAGCUCGUGCGGGAAGGUUUACAGUGAUCCCGCGACUGUGCUGAGUUCUAGAGUGUUACACGCGAUGUUACUAGCAAUAUUGUAUCGAGCCGUUCAUACGCUCACUGUAUCCGAACACAUGCUGGCGUUGGCCGUUUUUCUACUGGAAAUGGCUGUGUGCAAUUGUGAAACCAAUCGGGACAGCGGAAACGAGUUAGAAUGUCGUGGAACAAACACAGGCGGCAGAAGGCGAGUUUCGGAGGAAAAUCGAGAACCGAUUCCAGAGCUACUGAAUUGUUAUCCGAGUAAUUGCUUGAUUGAAAAUCUAAAGAUGACUAUCAAAAGAAUAUCUUUGAUACCGGGGGAACCACAGGUGUUACCAGCUAACUAUCAGAACCAGAGCACGGGAACUCCGACGUUCGACAGUGACGUAGAAUGGGAACUGUCUGAAAGUGAAACUCUUCCGAUGUUGGUUGGAAGUGUAGAUAACGACAACGAGCAUGAUCAGCAUAUGGCCACUGGUAAUGAAGUGGCCAUACCGCAGGAUUUAUCAGUGGUGCGUGGGAGCUCGCUUGCUAGAAGAAUGGAUGACGACGAUGACGAAGAUAUGGAACGAAUGCUAGUGGAAGAUGGUAUUCAAUCGCUUCCACCACCAGCACAACGACCAGCGCUAACGCUUGCGGAGUAUCACAAUAAUACCAAUGACAAUAGUAGCGAAGCUCCGAUGGGUGGCAGACUUCCACUGCCGGCACCAUCAUCUCCUGGGAGUGAUGGUAGUACUGUGGUAAUCCCUCGCGUUACCAGUGAAAUCUACAACGAAAGUAGUAUGGAACUGGUGAUUCGUCACGAUUUUCCUUUAGUUUCAACUCAGAACUCGGCUGUGAAUGAGACAACGCGUACGACCACUCCGGACAUGACAAUGUUUUCAUCUUCGGUGCCGGUAAACGCCGGUCUCUUGCUUCCUUUUAAUCGUGUUCAACCGGUUGCAGUUCCUAGAAGACCUCAGUUGCCAGCGCCGACAACUAGUGCCGCUAGUGCCAAUUCAACCGCCGCAGGAGGUGCCAACUACCAGUUGGUACAUCAGACGCCCGGUCGUCUACGACAUAAACGUCGUAACAUUGAAGCCCUUGGAGAGACUGCUCAUGAACCGGAUACUGUAAGGAUCGAGGAGAGUAUACUUUCAUUGCUGCUCAAGCUGCACACCCAGUUAAGCGGUGCUUUGGAUAGUUUCUCACUAGAAGAUGAGGACGAUACGCCAGAAUCGGAUGACGUAAAUAUGCAGCAAGAUGUCGAAUCUGGUUCUUCUAGUCACCAGCAACAACAGCAAACUCGACGCAUCAAGGUGUCGGAGUCUAGAAUAGGCGAUGGGCCAUAUUUUAUUGGUAAUUUACUGCGAAGAAUUGCUCGCUUAGAUGAGAGUUGCGCCCGGCGAAUCGACGAGAUCCGACACGCCCUGUGGCCGAACCAAAGAGAACGCCAAGCAGAGCAAAAAGCUCGGGAGGCUAAAGAACGAGAAGAACGUAGUAAAAGAGCGAAGGAACGACAGAAAAAGUUAAUGGAGGAAUUCGCCAGCAGGCAGAGAGCAUUCAUGGAGCAAGCCGCGGCAUCACAAAUGGAUUGUUUCGAAGGAGACGAAGAUGACGAAGAGGAGAUGAUCGAAAUGCCACUCGAGAAAGCGUACGACUGUAUUAUCUGCAAUACCACCGAGCCGAGUACGGAAUCGAAACCAAUCGGAUUGGUGGUUUUGGUUGAAUCCAGUAGUAUUGUUGGUCAUCGACGGAAGGAGCAUGACAGGUGCCCGUUGCCAGUGAACGAUGAUGAUAAAAUUAGAUUAGAGCAGAAUGUUAAAAUGUCGUCUGAAUUCAACAAGCGAAUAGAUUUUCUGAAAAGAAAUUUUGCAGUGUGGGCAUGGUUCCAAGCGGAAAAUAUUGGCUGGGAAGGAGGAGUUCACGUACAGUCUUGUGGCCACCACGUACACCUAGCAUGUCAGGAUUUGUACCUCAAAUCUCUGUACACUUCGCCACGACCACAAAAUCUGGACGUCGAACGGGGCGAAUUUUUCUGUCCAUAUUGCGGUCAACUAGCUAACUCCGUUCUUCCGUUAAGUCCGUCGUUAGAAAGACCAAUUGUCACGCCUCGAGUUGUUUCGCUCCCACCGUUUAUAAGUCUAGUCUGUGAAGUGAAGAAUCUAAUGAAAGAUAACAAACUUCCGCUGAGGACAACUCAUUUCUAUGAAGCGAUGGAAAACAUGAUCAGCUGCACCCAGCGAAACAUCAAGCGGCAUCCUGAUAUUCCUCAAACUACCUUCGUGAUCUCGAUCGCUCGCAUUAAUUUAGAAUCGGAAGUUAUCCAGCAUGGAGGAACUUUGUGCACUCAGAAGGAUGUACGCUACAAACCGAAGAGAGACUGCAUCGUUCCGCUGUUAAAUGUCCUCUCACUACACCUUCGGAGACGGAUGAACGAUGAUUCGCCAAGCCGUUCUCGACUGGACGAUAUACUACCUCCCUGGCGAGUGUGGAUGAUGUUAAGCGGUGUCGAUCUUGGAUGUCUGCUGUCGGCACCCGGUGAAAACGCAAUUGAAACUGAUACCAUGAAUGCCGCUCUAACCGAUGCCACUGGCGGGCUCUCACUGGCCAGUGGGGAGUAUGUUCCGGCCUUACUGAGCGAUCCGUGCGCACUGAUGCUGAAGUUCAUACUGCUGGCGCCGCUGGACUUAGAGCAAAUGUAUUUCACGUGCAUCGUUAAGGUUGCAUACAAUUUGCUAUACUACCAAGUAGCUCUACAACUAUGCGCUCAACUAACGGAAGACGAUUGCGACCAGUUGCUGGAGCACUACACUUCCCAAAUUGCUAAUCCCAUUCGUGAAAAAGGUGUCUCGAAUAUCGGCUCGGCCAUAGCCUUUCUACUGAGUAAUUUGGACCGAUGUCGAAAAAUCCGCUCUCCAACCGAAAGACCAAAUCCACCGGCUGGCAGUACCCCAAACGGUGGUACGGCACGGUCGGUGCUAGAUGUGGAGUCACUGGAGAAAAGUCUUCAGCGUCUCUGUUUACCGUUCCUGCGAGUAGCCGCCCUACUCAAGCACCACAUUUACCAUUCCGAAAUACCGGAAAUCCCCGGGCCGCAGUGGGAGUUCACUCGGCUUGUCUACUAUUUGGAACUAGUCACCGUCAGUAUGGAUCUGGACAAGUUUAAUGCCAGUAAGGCGCUUUGCUUCCUGCCCGGGACGGAACUGGCUCUACCCCGGUACUGGUGUGAUCAGCUACGCCAAGUGCGGCUCACUCAGGAAUCGGCACGAUCACUAAUUGUGCUGAGCCACGUCGAAUGGCAACAGCCGAAACUACUCCGAUUACCACGGGAGUAUGAGCGAUUGUUUACGUUCUACCACGAGCAACCUUGUCUAAAGUGUCAAAAUGUACCAAAAGAAAGCUCAAUUUGCUUGCUGUGCGGAACGAUCGUUUGUCUGAAGCAGGCUUGCUGUAAGGAACAGGAGUGUUGUGAGGCUGUGAGGCAUUCGGUCACUUGUGGUGGCGGUACGGGUAUUUUCCUAAUGGUUACAUCAACCUAUAUCAUCAUAAUCCGAGGACGACGGGCUUGCUUGUGGGGGUCACUAUAUCUAGACGAUUAUGAUGAGGAAGAUCGAGAUUUGAAGCGCGGAAAACCACUAUACCUGAGUGAAGAUCGCUUCAAUCUGCUCGAGUCACAGUGGUUGUCCCAUCGGUUUGCCCACACAAAACACACCUGGGUGUGGCACCGGGAUUCACUGUAGAAAACAGUUUUGGACAUAACGGAUGUUUGCCCGAUUUGCAUUGUGCAUGCAUGAGUGUAUGUAUUAAUUAACUCUGUGUAUUUGUAAAUGUGAAUAACAAGACUGUCAGGAUAAAGGAAACUAAACGUUUCCUACAACAUCAAACUAUUACAACUAAGAUGAGAAACGUUUGAACCGUGAGAUCUGAAAAGACUCGAAAAGCUUUGGACAUAAUUGAUCCUUUAGGAGUGUAACGAAUCUUUCAUGCUUUGUGAUAUUUGUAAUUGUUAUCGCGCGAAAUGCACUCAUUAGAGCAAUAACCAAUUUAAUCUCUUAAUUAAACAGUUCGACUACAAUUACUACUAUCAGAAUAGACGAUAGUGUUGACUUGUAUAUUAGCUGCGAAGUGUUUAUGAUCUAACGGAACACAAAAACCUAGACUUUGUUUGAUAAUUUUCGUAUUUGGCUCGUAGAGAUCGUUUGUUCAAAUCAAUUUUUUUUAUUACAAACUGAAAACAAGAAAAAAGCAAACGCAAAGAAAAUGCCGCUUCUCAAAAAUGACAUAGAGCUGACUUUGUAUAUGGUAUAAUAAUGUAGGUAGUUGGUAUUUACAGCGAAGCGAAAUGAAAUUCUAGAAUCUAACAAAUGGUAUCCACGUUUGGCGAAAAAUCCAUCUAAAAUCAAAACGAUUGGCUCCAGGUGAUUACUGGCCAGGUGACAGAGGUAGAUAUGCGAGUGAGACUACAGUAAGCGUUGAUCGUUUUUGCUCGUUUUCCUAUGAUAAUACGCGAUUAUAAUAUUUAGUUAUUCGAUUUGUUACUAAUGCUUAGAUUUAGAAACACUAGGGCUGUUGAAUAAAGUAAUUUUCUCACCACAUUCUCGAACAGUAGUCGCUUGAAAAUGUCGAAUCGAACUGCAACCGAUUGCUUGAGAUACUGUGGGAUAAGUGCAGUAUAAAAAUAACAUUAAAGAACGACUACGGUUGGCAGAUUUUCAAAACAUUAAAACCAUUAAUUAGUGUAUGAAACAAUGAAUAAUUAACUAAAC